AUGUUGCGACAAGCACUUCGACCAGUUUGUGCUAGAGCAACACCGGUACUAGCACCGGCAGCUCGCAUAUGGGGGCCCAGCGGAUCAGUGGCAUUGAGGAAGGGAGAACAAGCCCGUAAAUACAGCAGCGAAACAGAAAGUAGAAGCCGAAAUAUUCGCAAGGGGCAGGCCGACAGUAUCUCGGCGGUGAUUCACCAUGACCACCGAGAAAUCGAGAGAUACUAUGAAAAGAUCAUCAACUCGAGGGAUCACGCGGUUCAGCGAAAGUACCAGAAUGCCUUUGUCUGGGAGUUGACGAGGCAUUCGAUAGCUGAGGAGAUUGUCGUCUAUCCUUCGAUUGAGACUGGUCUCAAUCGCGGGCACGAGAUGGCGGAAAAGGAUCGGGCAGAGCACCAAUUGACCAAAGAACAGCUCUACAAAUUACAAAACCUCCACCCCGGCGACGCCGCCUUCCUCCCCACGCUCGAGCACCUGAUGAAGGACCUCAAGAUGCACAUCAAAGAAGAAGAGGAGCACGACCUCGUCAAGCUGGAGGAAGCGAUCCUGCCGAUGCGCUCGCAGCACCUGGCGCAGCAGUUCGAGAUGACGAAGUCGUUCACGCCGACGCGCAGCCACCCGAGCGCGCCCAACAAGCCGCCGUUCGAGACGGCGGUGGGGCUCAUGACGGCGCCGCUCGACAAGAUCCGCGAUCUGUUCCGCGACUGGCCCGACGAGGCGGGCGCGAAGCCGCCGGCUGGGGGGGCUGGGAGAUGA